GAGAUGUAACGAGGCGCGCCUCCGAGCCGUUACAUCGGCCGUUCUUGAUACCAUUGUUCUUUGGCAAUAGGCAUCACCAACGCCAGCCGCAGCCCCACUUCCCUGCAAUUCCGAUGGCCCCUCUCGCCCCAAAGACCGGGGAUCCGCUCUUCGCCAACGUCGAACGCGUCAACGCGGAGCUGUUCACCCUCACAUAUGGGGCGAUCGUACGGCAGCUCCUCGCUGAUCUGGAGGAGGUGGAGGAGGUUAACAAGCAGCUCGAUCUGAUGGGUUAUAAUAUUGGAGUUCGAUUGAUUGAUGAAUUUCUAGCCAAGUCCAAUGUAUCCAGAUGUGUUGACUUCAAGGAAACAGCUGAUAUAAUUGCAAAGGUUGGUUUCAAAAUGUUCUUAGGGGUGACUGCUACUGUGACCAACUGGAAUGCUGAGGGGACAACUUGCAGCCUCGUUUUGGAGGAUAAUCCCUUGGUAGACUUUGUGGAACUACCUGAUACAUGCCAAGGUCUUCACUACUGUAACAUCUUGAGUGGGGUUCUAAGAGGUGCAUUGGAGAUGAGGAGGGGAGGAGAAGCCCUCCUCUAUCGGCGAAUUAGGGGAGGAGUCCCUCGCACGGGAGGGUCGGGCCACGGCCAGUGGCGCCCACGGCCGAGCCUGCACCCACGGCCGUGCCUGUGGCCGACGCCCUUGCCGGCGGUGCUCGCGGCCGAAGCUGGCGGCCGCCGCAUGCGACGACGAACCGGUGUCAAUGAAGACUGAAAUCACCUGGGUUCGGGAUAUGCUACAUGGUGAUGAUGCAUAUGAGCUGCAAGCAAAACUUGUAAAGCAAGUUCCAGAGGAGUACCCAUACAAAGAUGAUGACUAACUUGAUACUGUGCAACCACAAGUUCUUUUGGUUCUCUUAAUAAUCAUCUAUAUUUGUACUUAUGAUAUUAGUUCUGCCAACUUCUUUGAAGACGUUUCGCUUUAACAUGAUAUAGAAAGAAAUGGUUUGAUGUUAUUCUU